AUGGCGAAUCGCAACAGUGCGGUGGCGAAGCGCGACAGUACGAUGGUGAAGCGCGACAGUUCGAUGGCAAAGCGUGACAUACAAAAGGCUUCUUCGCCGAGCUCACUGGGGAAAAGCUAUGAGCUCCCUGACGGUCAGGUCAUCACCAUUGGCAACGAACGUUUUCGUUGUCCAGAGGCCAAGUUCCAGCCAUCUUUCCUUGGUAUGGAAUCCGCAGGUGUCCACAAAACAACGUACAAUAGUAUCAUGAAAUGUAACGUCGACAUUCGUAAGGGUUUGUACGCAAACACCGUACUGUCCGGCGGUUCCUCUAUGUACCCAGGUAUUGCCGAUCGUGUGCAGAAAGAAAUCACAGCCCUUGCUUCGUCAACCAUGAAAAUCAAGAUCAUUGCUCCACCAGAGAGGAAAUACUCUGUAUGGAUUGGUGGAUCUAUCUUGGCUUCACUGUCCAGUUUCCAACAGAUGUGGAUCAGUAAAGAAGAAUAUGACAAAUCUGGACCUUCCAUCGUACACAGAAAAUGUUUCUAA